UCUCGAUCAGAACCCACCGGCAUUCACACACGGCACUGGAAUGACCACACGUCAUAUUCUAUCGUAAAAGGGAGACCUUCAAGUGAAUGCGUCCUGUCAAUCGACGACUGACUCACUUCAUCACCAACAAUUCAUCAACCCGCGGGCUUCCCGUUCGCACUCUUAGCAACCACUUCAGAUGCGAGGCUCCUUUUUGCAUGUCUCCGGCUCGCUCAGCCUCAGCAUCACCCAGACCAUCGAAAAGGCGUAGAUUCGACUCUCCUUCCGAGCAAAGGCACUUUUCCAGAAUGGCUCCCAUGUUGGUCCAGGAAGUCGAGGACGAUGCACCAUCAUCAAACACGCUUGAGCUCACGCCUGUUGAGCAGACUCUGACUCGACUUCUCCUCGAUGUCUCUCAUCAUAUCGAUGAGCAUCCCUCAACACCUCAAACGGAGAGCCACGUUGAGCUUCCAGCAGAGCUCGCCAAUGAGAAAAUCGUCCUUCGCUACACUGGAGGAUGGGUCCGCGACAAGCUUUUGGGCGUACCGAGCCACGACAUCGAUGUGGCGAUCAACAAGAUGACCGGCUUUCAAUUCGGCCUCAGGAUGAAGCAGUACCUUGAGAUUCCGGGCAACCUCGAAAAGUACGGUCUGGAGUCUCUUGCUGCCAAUGACAAACAGAGCUUGAAAGCUGGAACUACCGACAAGUCCAAGACAGUUGGCGGCCUGCACAAGAUCGAAGCAAACCCGGAGAAGUCGAAGCAUCUUGAGACCACGACCAUGAGGAUCCUAGGUCUUGACAUCGACUUGGUGAAUCUUCGCAAGGAAACGUAUACCGAUGACAGCCGCAAUCCCGAGAUGGAAUUUGGCACGCCCGAAGAAGAUGCCCUACGUCGUGACGCUACAGUCAAUGCCAUGUUUUACAACCUCAACACCAAGGAGACAGAAGAUUUCACACGCCGCGGUCACAAAGACAUGGCGAGAAAAGUGAUCUGCACUCCUCUCGAACCAUACCAGACUUUCAAAGACGAUCCGUUGCGAGUGUUGCGUCUGAUACGGUUUGCUUCGAGGCUUGGCUACACAAUCGAGGCAGAAGUGCUGGAGGCAGCGCGGAAUCCAGAUAUCAAAGAAGCAUUGCGGAGGAAGAUCAGCAGAGAGCGUGUGGGUGUUGAGUUGGAGAAAGCGCUCACAGGACCAGAUCCACAUGAAGCGCUGCGACUUGUCUUCGAUCUCGAUCUGUACGAAACGAUCUUCUCAGACCCAGCCGUGGCGGAUGUGGACCAUUACUCACCCGACGUCGACGGCUGGCAGAUUGUCAUCGAUGCUCUGAGCGAUGUCUUGAACAACGGUGGCACCAUCGCAGACAAUCUUGCACGCGAUAAGGAGGAGCAAUACUUUGCAUGGCAACUUGCAGCGAUGGUCCCAUAUCGCGAUGCUCCGAACCCUGUCCAAACAGAUCCAAAUCGGAAGCCGCCGCCUCCCGUGGCCGUCACUGUGGUGAAGGAGGGCAUCAAGGCUACGAAUAGAGUAUCGGAUGUCAUUCACGCCUCCGUUCGAAACGAACCCGAGAUUUCAGGUCUUGUCGACAAGCUUUACGACAGAAAGCGAAGACCGGACAAGAGCUUUGACGGUGAAGAUGCGACAGCUCGCGAUGUCAUAGGCAUGGCCAUUCGUAGAUGGGGAGCCACUUGGAGGAGUCAGGUCGUCUACGCAAUGCUUGUGGAGAUUGCCAACAAUCAAGUUCAGGUCGAGGCCAUCGAACGCAAAUACACCACAUUCAUCGAACAAGUCGCCUCCCUCUCCCUCCUCGAUGUGAUCUCCAUCAAGCCUCUCCUCGACGGCAAGGCCCUCGCCAAAGCCAUCGGCGCACCUCCCGGCCCCUGGAUGAAAGACGCUCUCGACGUAGUCAUGGCCUGGCAAUUGCGCAACCGGACCGUCACCGACCCUCAACAAGCGAUUGAAGAGGUCAAACUCCACCGAUCCAAUGGCCAGUCCGUCUAGUGUUACCGAAGCGGGAAGGAAAGUCACAACGGCGGCACUACCUCAGAAGUUAUCGCUGCAAACGGAGGACGAGACAUUGACGAAGCCAUGGAAAGGCACGAAAGGUGCCUUCUCGCUAGACAUCCUGCGCUGGGUCGUAAACAGACUGGACUCAAAAAUCAUAGCCGAAGUCUGGCCGCUCGUCAUCCCUCCAA